UGUUCUCUACAUGUGACAUCGGCGAGUACCUAUGUGCUGACGGUGUGACCUGCAUAAAAGCUUGGAAAAGGUGUGACGGAAACAGAGACUGCCGAGGCGGCGAUGAUGAGGAUGCAAACAAGUGUGCUUGUCAAGAUAUCCCAGCGUCUUUGAGGAUGUGCAGGGACCUUGAGUACAACAAAAUGACACUCCCAAACCCUCUCAACUCCGCCCACACAACGGUAGAUGACAUCAUGAACUCAAAAUUGUUCGAUGCCUACAGGAAUCUUGCGAAUACGCAAUGUCACCCCAGUAUUAGAGAAUUCGUGUGUGCAACAAUUCUGCCACGCUGCAUUUCAAGUCCGACUCCCAGGCAACAGCUGCCCUGUCGGUCUUGGUGCUAUGAGGUGGAAAACUCGUGUGACGCGGAGGAAUCCUGGUCAGAUUCUUUCGCGUACAAUUUCUGCGAUAUUUUCCACUAUAACAACUGCAACAAUGUCAGGCCUUCAACGACUGCGGGUGGUGUGGAAUGCUUCGAUGGAAACGGUGUAAAUUACAUAGGGAAUGAGUACAGAGAUCCGAGAGGGGAGGGCGACUGCACACGCUGGGACGUGGACUCCAACCCCGAAUGGUACCCAUGGGCGAAUCUAGUCGAUAACAAAUGUCGAAACCCCACCUUUGAUAAAAGACCAUGGUGCUAUACAUCCGGUGGAUUUGAGUACUGUGACAUCCUUCCCUGCGACACUUCGAUUAAAGGGUGCAAAGAUCCGGGCAAACCCUUGUUUGGACAGAGGUACCCCGUCCUGAAGUUCUACUGGCCUAAUGAUAGAAUCACGUACACCUGUGACACGGGAUUCAAGUUCCCGAAGGGGAGUCCCCCCAAUACAGCACGGUGUGUUCAAGUCAACGAAUCAACGGGAGAAGUCAACUGGGCAACAAAGAAACCUAAAUGUGAAGUCGACCACAAAUACAAGCUCCAAAAGGAUCUUCUUAGCGAGACUGUCUACAACGUGGAGGUUGCUCCAACAACUAGUCUGUAUAUUAAAGCAUAUGUCGUUAACAUCAUCAACUUGGAUGAAAAAGCUGAACAAAUAGUAACAUCCUACAAGGCUGAAUGGACCUGGAAAGACGAUCGAUUGACAUGGGAUCCUGAGAGGUACGGUGAUUUUGACCACGUCUUCGUCAGUGAUGAACUGGUGUGGCAACCAACAUUGACACUGGAGAGAAAUGCUGACACAAGGUACAGCGGAGAUUUCCCUAACACAGAGGUAAGAAUAGAUAACGACGGUACGGUGACCUGGCCUAUAGCAGCAUUGGCCACCACUACCUGUACCCUGGACCCUUUCCUCUUCCCGCAGGACAACAUGACAUGCGCAAUUUGCUGGACUGUUGGAGAAGACUACACAAUUGGAUGUGCAAAUCAAACUACUCACCAUGACACCAAGGUCAAAAACAAGAACUUCCUGACCUGCCUAAAUCCCGAUGCCGACAUUGUCACGGGGGAGUGGACUGGAAAAACAACAGCUUCAUCUUCAAACAACGAGGCCUGCCUGACGAUAACACUCAAGCGAGAUCCCACCUAUCACUACUCCACAACCAUCUCUCCCUGUCUCAUCCUGAUCGUCCUCAUGAUCAUCACAUUCAUCAUGCCCAUUGAUAAAGGCGACAGGAUUGGAUUCGGCGUCACCGUGCUGCUGUCCAUGGUGGUGUCGCUAGUCGUCGUUACUGGCUUCCUACCUGUGUCAAGUACCCUCCCAUUUAUCGCUAUGCUUAUCAUUGUGUGCAUGGGUCUGAUGGCACUCUUCAUGCUGUGGACUGUCUUUAUCCUCAUCAUACACGACAAGAAGGGACCCCUUCCGAAAUGGGCCCGGACAUUCUUCCUGAAGCAUAUGGCAAGGGCCCUGUUGUUGGGUGACUUGACCAAGAAGCUGAAAAAUGAAGAGCCAACAGGUGACGCUGUUAAGAACAAAGUUAAUGACAUCGAGGGACACUCCAACCACGCCUUCAAGAUGGACAAUGGCCCAACUGCCGGACAAGUCAACCCACCUCCCAACGUGAAGAACGAGGUCGGAGCUACCCUUAUUGGGUUAAAGGGAAGCGUAGAUAAGUUAGAUGCUACUGUUAGUCAACUGUCUAGUAGCAUCGAUGCUCUGGCAAAGUCAAGUGUCGGUGAUGACGAUGAAGAAAAUUCAGAGUACGCUUUGUUGGCUCAUGUCCUUGACCGUUUGGGCUUGGUUUUCUACAUUGUUGCUGUCGCCGUGGCAAUUCCAUGCACUCUCUUCAUUGGUCGCAAACGUGUUAUUCCUGCCUAA